GUGAUAUUUCGAUUAUUUACCUUAUACUUGUUCUUUUAGUCAUGAACAAUCAAUUAAUUAAAAGAAUAAUCAACACUAACAACGAACCUUGUCCAGAAUUCCUGUACCACAAUCCGCUCCUCGACAAAAAUGUUACGGACGCGCUCUCCAAGAGUUUUAUCAAGAUUCUCAAGAUAUCUAAUCAAAAUUCUACCUCGAAUAAUAAUGUGAGACUGUCUGUAUUACAAAAUAUUCGGAAAAUCUGCAAAACAGAACCAGAAGGACACUCCCAAGUGGAUGAUCAUUUCACUGAGUUUUUAACGGAAAUUUAUAAAAGCGAUAUCAGUGAACGUGCAAAUAAUACGCAGGAAUCGGUGGAUAAAAAGUUAGAUGCGUUCCUCGUAAGAAAGCUUACACAUAUGGAUGUGAACUCCAGUUUUCAAUCAAUAAUAAAUCCUGAAGUUAUUCAAGCUUUGAUAAACUUGAAUCAAAAUGGCGUGUACAUGGAAACAUUAGCGAAAGAUAUUAUCCACUGGAAUGUAGAGAGCGAGAGAUAUUCCAAUGUCUUGAAAGAAUUAUGGAAUCAUAACACUAGUGGUUCAAGUAUGUUAAGCAAUGAUAUUUCCAUUAAAAUGAAACCCCAAAUAGAGAUGCUGGUACUUAAUAUUUGCAAUAAUUUAUUUGAAACAAGGAACCAGGAUAUUCAAGAUGUUUUGAAGACUAAAGAUUCAACGGAACUUCUAAGAAACUGUUUAAAAUCUACUCAGUGCUUUCAAAUGUGCAGUGGGAUCCUAAACUUUUUAUUUAUAAUGACCAACUUUAACCCGGAGCUGCAAAAGUUUAUCCCGGAGUUUGCUAAAUACGUAAAAUUGAAUUGUUCGUUUGAUACAUGUGCUUUGUAUCCAUUUCAUCUUAGUUCCUUAGUUAUAUUACUUGACUUUGAAUUGGACGAACUACCGGAAUCUCUGAAGGACAGUUAUAUUCAACCAACUAUAAGCCAAUUACAUAAACUGCAUAAGGAUAGUGAAAAUGAUUUAAUUUUAUUACUAUCUCAUUUUCCACAGUGGUUUGAUAUUUAUUUUUAUAAGAAAAACUUGUAAUUUUUAGCUAAAAACAAUUAAAACAAGACUGGAAAUCUGAAUAGAUGUAAGUUAUA